UAGGACAUUUUCUAUUCCCCUCUAAUUGCUAUGGAACUGUCUUGACCCGCCCACCUCUCACCCCCCCUGCGGAGUGUUGCAUUUGGACGGGUCCGGGGCCGACAUGGCGGAGCGGCGGGAUACAGAACCCGGGUUGGCCGGGGGAUUGAAGUAUGGAUGCCAACAUUAAUAAAGAAAAGCCGGUGGUUUUAGAAAACUCUUACAAGAAGCAGACUGCAAAGGUACCAGAGGAAUCUCUAUUGGAUGAGAAUUAUUUCAUGAACUCAGAGGUGCUGAAGGGAAUUCAAGAUAUUAUUGGUGACGAUGAGCGGGAUUAUUUGCUGACGGUCAGCAAUUCCUCCACACUACACCCUCUACAGAGUAUGGAAAAAGAGAGGACUACUACAGAGCACAAAACAGAAGGUGAAAGGGAAAUUUCUAUCAGUAACUUGAGACUAACAGAUUUCCUCCCUCAGCUAAGCAAAGAGUCAAUGCUACAAACAAUCCGAAAAAAUUUAAGUGUAUCCAGAGAAAGAGCGGCCAAGCAAUCAGGCCGGGCAGGGAUAUUCCAAGACACGUUUUCUAGAGAAUCAGAUUGCAGCUUAAAAGAAAGUUUUGACAGGAACCAAGUUCAAAUGGAGGAAUCCUCGCGAGGACAGUUGGCGGCACAAGCCCCAGACAGUAAUUUUAGGGAACCUGGUUACAGCUUCAGUAGUAAGUCACCAAUGGGUGAAAAUUUAGGAAACUCGUAUACUCCAAGUGUAAGAAUAAAGGAGGAGCCAAUGGACGAAGAUUAUGAUAGGGCACUGGCACCUCCAGCCAGCUUUGUAGACAAAGUCAAAGAUGAACCAGACAACUCUGAGGAAUAUACUCAGCAACCAAAAACCUCUGAAGGGGAACUUAAAAUCAGUGCAGUGUUUUCAGUCAGCGGCAGUCCUUUAGCUCCCCAGCUCUCCAGUGGAUUGCAAGCACCUCUGAGUUCCCCAGGAGCAAGCAAACCUAUCCCAGCAGUUCCUGCUGUCCCUGCACCAUCUGUCAGAGUGUCCUGUUCAGGCUGCAAAAAGAUUCUCCAGAAGGGACAGACUGCAUACCAGCGUAAGGGAUCUACACAGCUCUUCUGUUCCACCCUUUGCCUUACUGGCUACACGGCACCUCCUGUCCCCAGGCCAAGUCCGGCUGCCAAGAAAACCUGCUCCAGCUGCUCAAAAAUUAUUGCAGACCCCAAGGAUGUUAUUACAGCCCAGUUUGACAAUCCUAGUGGCAGUAAGGACUUCUGCAGUCAAGCCUGUCUGUCGUCCUAUGAGUUAAAGAGGAAGGCUACAGUUACAAUUCACACCAAUAGCAUUUCUACGAAGUGCAGCGUAUGUUUGAAAAAUGCAGUGAUCCGACAUGAAGUAAACUACCAGAAUGUGGUUCACAAGCUCUGCAGCGAUGUCUGCUUUUCCAAAUUUCGCUCUGCCAACAACCUGACUAUGAACUGUUGUGAAAAUUGUGGGGGAUACUGCUAUAGUGGCUCUGGACAGUGUCACUUGCUCAACAUUGAUGGUCAGUGCAAAAAGUUCUGCAGUUCCUCUUGUGUGACCGCCUUCAAACAGAAAUCUGCUAAGAUCACUCCAUGUGCACUAUGUAAAACAUUACGUUCAUCAGCAGAAAUGAUAGAGAACACCAACAGUGCGGGCCGCAUUGAGCUGUAUUGCUCUGUAAAUUGUUUGUCUGCCUACAGAGUCCAGAGUGUCACAUCAUCAGGCAUACAGAUCCAGUGUAACAGCUGUAAAAUGAUGGCUGUGCCUCAGUAUCAUUUGGCAAUGUCUGAUGGGAGCAUCCGAAAUUUCUGCACCUACAACUGUGUGGUAUCCUUUCAGAACCUAUUCAGCAAGCCUCAAGCUGGCAUGAAUUCUUCUGUAGUCCCCCUGUCCCAAGGCCAAGUGAUUAUGAGCGUCAAUGCUGGGACCGCAACGCAAGCUGGGAAUAGCACACCAUCUGUGGUCUCAGCUACAUCAACGGCCUCCACUUCUACUGUUAGCAGUUCGGCAGCUGUUGGUCUGCAGAGACUAGCUGCAGCACAAUCACAAUCCCAAUCCCAGCAACAAAACACCUUUUCACGUCUUUCUGUGAAGCUGAGGUGCCUGCAGUGCAGCCGACUAUUUGCCAAUAAGCCUGAACUUUUGGAUUACAAGAGUAAAAUGCAUCAGUUUUGUGGCAAAGCAUGCUGUGAUGAGUACAAAAAAAUUAACUUGGUUAUGGCCAUGUGCGAGUACUGCAAGAUAGAGAAGACUAUCAAGGAGGUUGUACGUUUCUCAGGUGCUGAGAAGGUAUUCUGCAGUGAAGGUUGCAAGCUUCUAUAUAAACAUGACCUUUCAAAGAAGUGGGGCAAUUACUGCAAAAUGUGUAGCUAUUGCUGCCAGACCUCUUCUAAGUUAGUGCGGAACCAUUUUGGAGGAAAGUUGGAGGAGUUUUGCGGGGAAGAGUGCAUGUCAAAAUAUACAGUGUUAUUUUACCAGAUGGGAAAAUGUGAAAGCUGCAAACGACAAGGCAAGCUCAGUGAGUCUCUGAAAUGGAGAGGGGAGAUGAAACACUUCUGUAAUCUGAUGUGUGUACUAGUCUUCUGCAGUCAGCAAAGCACAGCGGAGCCUUCACCAGUCAAUAAUACAGCAUCUAAUGUUCCCAUGGUCCAAGCAGUACCAGCCUCCACUGGCUCCUCUGGAGCUAAAGAUUCUACUCCAGUUAUUGCCAAUGUAGUAUCCCUUGCAAGUGCUCCUGCUGCACAACCCACUGCAAACUCCAAUAAUGUCUUACAAGGUGCUGUCCCAACAGUAACACCAAAGAUAAUUGGAGAUGCCAGCACUCAGACGGAUGCCCUGAAACUUCCUCCCUCGCAGCCCCCACGCCUCCUGAAGAAUAAGGCCCUGCUCUGCAAGCCUAUCACACAAACUAAAGCAACCUCGUGCAAACCUCACACACAACACAAGGAGUGUCAAACAGAACACGAUGGGAAGCCACAGAUCUUGGUGCUACCUGUACCCGUGCCUGUGUUUAUUCCUGUACCCAUGCACUUGUACACUCAGUUUGCUCCGGUCCCACUAAGUGUACCACUCCCGGUCCCUGUCCCAGUGCUGAUUCCUACCACUCUUGACAAUGCUGACAAGAUUAUAGAUGCAAUUGAGGAUCUCAAGGAAAAAGUCCCAUCUGAUCCCUUUGAGGCAGAUAUCCUUCAAAUGGCAGAAAUGAUUGCUGAAGAUGAGGAAAAAGAGAAAACACUAUCUCAUGGAGAUCAGGGCAGCACUUACAGUGGAGACCUGGAAUCUGAAGCUGUUUCUACACCACACAGUUGGGAGGAUGAAUUAAACCACUACACCCUUAGAUCCAACAAUCUGCAAGAACCAGACACAGAAAUCCAACAGCUUUCCAGAGUGGGAAUUGAGCAAGAUCUGGAAUUAGACUUCCCAACAGAAGCUUUUGAUCCAUUAAGUAAAGGUUCAAGUUUCUUUGGUCGCCCUCGAGGAAGACGAAAACAACGUGAUGGCUUCCCGCAGCCGAAACGCCGGGGCCGCAAAAAGUCAGUAGUAGCUGUGGAGCCACGAAACCUUAUGCAGGGUACUUACCCGGGAUGUUCUGCAUUAGGUUCCACAUUAAAAUACAUGUAUGGGGUAAAUGCUUGGAAGAAUUGGGUACGAUGGAAAAAUUCACAAGAAGAACCAGAAGACAUAAAUUUUGGAGGUACAUUUUAUAUGUAACAGAACCCUUAAAACAUGUUGUUUGCUUAUAUUAUUGCUAAACCUUGUUGUCUCGUAGUGCGACCUGUAAAGCUGAAAGAAGAUAUUUUAUCAUGCACCUUUGCUGAACUUAGUUAUGGCCUGUGUCAGUUUAUUCAGGAAGUACGUCGGCCAAAUGGAGAAAUAUACAGUGCAGAUAGCAUCCUCUACCUGUGCCUUGGAGUUCAACAGUAUCUUUUUGAGAAUGGAAGGAUAGAUAAUAUUUUUACAGAACCCUAUUCCAGAUUUAUGGUGGAACUAACAAAGCUAUUGAAGAGCUGGCACCCGCCAGUAUUACCCAAUGGUUUCAUGUUUUCAAGGAUUGAAGAGGAACAUUUAUGGGAGUGCAAGCAGCUGGGUGCCUACUCCCCUAGUAUUCUUCUCAAUACCCUGCUUUUCUUCACCACCAAAUUCUUCCAACUGAAGACUGUGACUGAGCACCAGCAACUUUCCUUUGCCUAUGUCAUGAGACGUACAAAAACUCUAAAAUACAACACCAAGACAACAUAUCUGCGUUUUAUGCCUCCUUUUCCGAAGCCAGAACUGGAGCAUGAAAAAGCAUUAGGCGGGAAGAGGAAGAGAUUAGAGGACGAAGAUGGACAAUUUGUCAUGGAAAUGGCUGAAAACACAGACAACCCACUCAGGUGCCCAGUCAGGCUGUACGAAUUUUAUUUGUCCAAAUGUUCUGAAAGUGUGAAGCAGCGGAGUGAUGUAUUCUACCUUCAGCCAGAACGUUCUUGUGUACCCAAUAGCCCUAUGUGGUUUUCCACAAUGCCUAUUGACCCUGGCACAUUGGACAGCAUGCUGACUCGUCUUCUCAUGGUUCGAGAAGUUCAUGAAGAGCUGACCAAAGUAAAAGAUGACUCAGAAGGAGAGCUGUCUGAUUAAAGUGACACAAGAUGCCCUACUUUAGAAACCACAGACAGUAAAAAAAAAAAAAAUGGGGCAAGCGCUAAACUGUGAAUAUAACAUUUUUUCACUUUGGACUUGUGUGCACUGCCCUCCUUUUGCCCCUUGAGCCCAUCCUCAUGUAUAAAUGGACAAAGGAUGUCUUGAACUGCUGGGACUGAUGGGAACAUAUACUAUACAGUCCAGGAUUUCUAUGGCUGAAUAAUGGGCCCAGAGAUGAGCAAAUGACUCUUAUAAUCAUUCACCUAAAAUUAGGUGCUAGACCCACAAUAGAAACUGUUAUAUCUUUUUAACUGGAGAAAAGGGGAGAUUAGCUCUUUCUACUGUGUAACUGUCUGAUAAUGCUAUGUAGGAAACAGCAGAAAGGGUUUACAAAAAAAGUCUCUUCUAUGCUUGUGUUGAACGACACUUAGAAUGGGUGCAUUAAGGUGCCACCUACCUUAUAUUACUGAAAGUAUGUAUAAACAAUGUUAAAGGCCCCUUUGACCUUCUUUAUUCCACUCGGAACAAAACGUUACAUUAAAAGGAACUUAUGAAGGCUCCAGUGAACCAUUCACCACAUUGCAGUUCUUCCUUUCUUACACUAGCCAAAGCAGGCCACAUAGCACUAACUAUAGAUGAAUUCACAGAAACCAGGGGUCUAUUUUUCUUUUAGACCAGAUUAGACCACAAUAGCAGUACCACGGCUAACAUAUAGGCACAGGGCACUUGUGUGUAUUUCAGCCCAGAGGCACUUAUUUGGGUAGUUAAAAUCCUUUAAGACUCAUUUUGGAAUAAUUUUUCCAUAAUGUACGGCACUGAAAGUUUUUAUAUACACACACACAGUUGCGGAGUUAGCAAAGUGCGGCAAAUGUCAGCUCAAAGGUUUCUAUAAACAGUAGUGUGCAGUCCCACUAGUUACUGCUGCAUAAAUAGGGUCAAGUAAAAUCCUAUAAUGUUUUUCAUUUUCAACAUGAAGACGGUUUGAGUAGCGCUGUAAUAAUGAAUCCUGCAGUUAACAUACAUCUAGUGUUGACGUUACUGUUAGAGUGAAAUACCACCAUAGCAGUUUAUUUUUAUGUCUUGUGGUCUGCUUUCCAAACAAAAUGAAGUAAUCUUCCAUCAGAAAAAAUGAGAAAGGAACCUUACUGUAACACUUUAGUGUAACACCUCUAGACCUUUUGAUCCAGUGAAGAAAAAAUAACAACCUAGACUUGGAUCUGUUUUGUAGGAUUGAAGGAAAAAACAUGGACUUUAUAAUGUUUAUAAAUAACAAGAAAAUGUCACCCCCUCCCCCCUAAGACAGGUCACUAAAGAUUAAUAUGUGGCUGGGGUAAAGCAAGAACUCUGUAUGUUACUGUUAAUUCAUUACACUCUUUUCUAUCAGAGGGGACCCAGACAUGUUUUUAGUGUUUUAUGUUCAUAUCCCCUUGUAUUUUAAAGGGUAGUAAUGAUUCUCAUUUUCUCUUUUUUUAUUUUUCCCUUGUUUUAGCAGUUACAGUUUAAUAUUAAAAACAAAGUAGUCCCAUUUUGUGUAUUUGUUCUUAUCCUGCUUGUACAAUAAAUCACUGAUUUGUGUUUUUAAUGUUCAGUGAUUUGUGUGG